AUGGUGUCCAGACCAGCCAGUUUUCUCACCCUCACGCUACUGUACUGGGCUGCCGUGACGGUGGAGGGCGAGUGCCCACAGAAAUGCUCCUGCCCAGCCAUGCCACACGCAUGCCCGCCGGGCAUCAGCACAGUGCUGGACUCCUGCGGCUGCUGCAGGGUUUGUGCUCGCCAGUUCAACCAGGACUGCAGCCUGACGGAGCCCUGCGACCACAUCAAGGGCCUGCACUGCCACCUAGGGGCCGAAGGAAACGUAGAACGAGGCAUCUGUCGAGCGGAGGCACAAGGUCGGCCAUGCGAGCUGAAUGGACGCGUCUACCAGCACGGCGAGAACUUUCAGCUCAGCUGUCAACACCAAUGUAGCUGCAUAGACGGCGUGGUGGGCUGCAUGCCGCUCUGCCCGUACGAGGUGCCGCUGCCGGACUGGCGCUGCUCCCGGCCGCGCCUCGCUAGGUUGCCGGGACGCUGCUGUGAGGAGUGGGUUUGUGACGACGAUAACAGCAUAGGCGACGAUACUGUGCUGACCGGACCAGCGCCAGAAACUCCAAAGCACCCGGAUCUGUUCAGCAACGACCUGGUGGCCACUCCACCGUUGGAUCUGGGUGCUGGAGCACCGAACCAAGAAUGGACAUCCUCUGUGCAGUCUCCUGCUUUGGUCGCACCAAAGUGCCUCCAUCAGACCACUGAUUGGUCACCGUGUUCAGCCACCUGUGGAAUGGGCGUCUCCAGCCGUGUAACUAACGGCAACGCUGAGUGCCGACUGGUUAGAGAGACACGUCUGUGUGAAAUACGACAGUGUGGCUUCAGCCUUCCGCCCCUUCUCAAGAAAGGAAAGAAAUGCCAGCGCACAGUGCGACUACAGAAACCCGUGCGGAUCACGUUUGCAGGCUGCUCUACAACCCGACGGUACCGGCCCCGUUUGUGUGGCUCCUGUACAGACGGCCGGUGCUGUAAACCGGCGCUGACGCGGACAGUACGGCUGCGUUUCCGCUGUCCUGGGUCACAGAGACACUUUACACGCAGUGUAAUGUGGAUCCAGCGAUGCACCUGCAACCAGAACUGUGAGAACCAGGGCCUUGGAUCAAUUCCAGAAUCCCUCAGCCUCCCAAAUGAUAUACACACAUACACACACUGA